CAGUCCCGGCCGUAUCCCCGACCGAUGCUGCUGUGCUGUCGCGCCACCGCCUCCCCCCCGCCGUCUCCUCCCACCCCCUCGCAUGCCGCCGACCCGCACGCGCGCCUGAGGGCGGCGGCGGCGCGCUCCGACCUGCCGGGCGCGCUCACCGCCUUCGCCUCCAUGCCCUCCUCCCCCUCCGCCCCCGCGGCCGCGCGCCCCGUCCUCCGCACCUUCACCGCGCUGCUCAAGCUCUGCGCGGCGCGGGCCGACCUCGCCACGGGCCGCGCCGUCCACGCGCAGCUCGCCGCGCGGGGGCUCGCCUCCGAGUCCCUCGCCGCCACCGCGCUCGCCAACAUGUACGCCAAGUGCCGCCGCCCCGCCGACGCGCGCAGGGUGUUCGACCGGAUGCCCGCCAGGGACCGUGUCGCCUGGAACGCGCUCGUCGCAGGGUACGCGCGGAACGGGCUCCACGAGGCCGCUAUGGAGAUGGUCGUCCGGAUGCAGGAGGAGGACGGGGAGCGGCCCGACUCCGUCACGCUCGUGUCCGUGCUGCCGGCCUGCGCCAAUGCCCGGGCGCUUGGUGCGUGCAGACAGGUCCAUGCAUUCGCGCUCCGCGUGGGGCUUGAUGAGCUCGUGAAUGUCUCCACGGCGAUUCUUGACGCAUACUGCAAGUGCGGUGCGAUCGAGGCAGCCAGGGCGGUCUUUGAUUGGAUGCCGGUCAAGAACUCCGUGUCUUGGAACGCCAUGAUCGAUGGGUACGCUCAGAACGGGAAUGCCACGGAGGCGCUGGCUCUGUUCAAGAGGAUGGUUAAGGAGGGUGUGGACGUGACGGAUGCGACCAUACUGGCAGCACUACAAGCGUGUGGGGAGCUUGGAUAUCUUGAUGAGGCGAGGCAUGUCCAUGAGCUACUUGUGAGGAUUGGUCUCGAGUCCAAUGUGUCGGUGAUGAACGCGCUAAUCACCACGUACUCCAAGUGCAAGAGGACUGACCUUGCUGCUGAGUUGUUUAAUGACCUGGGCAACAAAAAGACACGGAUCUCGUGGAAUGCCAUGAUCCUCGGCUUCUCGCAGAAUGGAUGCUCUGAGGACGCAGUGAGGCUUUUCUCUAGGAUGCAGUUGGAAAAUGUGAAACCUGAUUCUUUCACCCUUGUCAGUGUGAUUCCUGCGGUUGCGGAGAUUUCAGAUCCGAUGCAGGCAAGAUGGAUCCAUGGAUAUUCUAUCAGGCACCACCUAGACCAGGACGUCUAUGUCCUCACAGCCCUUAUUGACAUGUACUCAAAAUGUGGGCGUGUCACUAUAGCUAGAGGCCUCUUCGAUUCUGCAAGGGUGAGGCAUGUUAUCACCUGGAACGCGAUGAUACAUGGGUAUGGUUCACAUGGUUUUGGCAAGGUCGCAGUCGAGCUGUUUGAAGAGAUGAAAGGCACUGGCAUUUUGCCCAACGAGACAACAUUCCUCUCAGUCCUUGCAGCAUGCAGUCAUGCUGGGUUGGUUGACGAAGGGCGGAGAUAUUUUGCUAGCAUGAAGGAGGACUAUGGGCUUGAACCUGGGAUGGAGCACUAUGGCACCAUGGUGGAUCUUCUUGGGCGAGCUGGGAAGUUAGAUGAAGCAUGGUUGUUUAUCAAAGACAUGCCUAUACAACCUGGCAUUAGUGUUUACGGUGCAAUGUUAGGUGCUUGCAAGUUGCACAAGAAUGUGGAAUUGGCAGAAGAAUCAGCACAAAGGAUCUUUGAGCUGGGGCCAGAGGAGGGGGUGUAUCAUGUCCUCUUGGCAAACAUUUAUGCAAAUGCUUCAAAGUGGAAGGAUGUUGCAAGGGUGAGGACUACUAUGGAGAAGAAAGGCCUCCAGAAGACUCCUGGAUGGAGUAUUAUUCAACUGAAAAAUGAGGUCCAUACCUUCUACUCUGGAAGCACAAAUCACCAGCAAGCAAAGGAAAUAUAUGCAAGGCUGGCUAAGCUCAUAGAAGAGAUCAAAGAUGUGGGCUAUGUGCCAGACACUGACUCAAUUCAUGAUGUGGAAGAUGAUGUCAAGGCACAGCUGCUUAACACUCACAGUGAGAAGCUCGCAAUUGCGUAUGGGCUCAUUCGCACAGCUCCUGGCACGACAAUUCAGAUAAAGAAGAACCUUCGAGUUUGUAAUGACUGUCAUAAUGCGACCAAGUUAAUAUCUCUAGUGACAGGACGUGAAAUAAUCAUGAGAGAUAUUCAGCGGUUUCACCACUUCAAGGAUGGUAAAUGUUCAUGUGGAGACUAUUGGUAGUGAAAUGCUGAAGGUAAUCUGAAGAUGCAUUUUCAGAUUAGGGACUUCAUGGAUCUGUUUACAAAUAAGAAUACUAAAUUAGACUAACAGGCCGUGCAGCUGCCUUUUGUGUUGAUGGUACUUGGCUGAGCUAGUGAAGUAUCCAGUACUCGCUCCGUCCCAAAUUAUAGGUCGUUUUGGCUUUCUUAGAUUCAUAGAUUUUGUUAUGCAGUUAGAUAUACCCUAUGUCUAGAUGCAUAAUAAUAUCUAUGAAUCUAAAAAAGCCAAAACGACCUAUAAUUUGGAACGGAGGGAGUAGCACUUAUGAUCACUUCACCAUUUCAGGAUACCUACUGCAGACAUGCAGAGCUGUAGGUUUCAGUCCAUUUGGCGAUGAACUCCACUGCCACUUUUAAUGCAUUAAUAGAUGCCAGAUUCAUCAGACUUGUCGACGACCAUGUUGGUUCCCCUCCAGCUAAAUCAGAUACUCCCCGGAAUACAAUCACAGGUACACCAGGAGAUGUUGUUGUCUGUUGAAUUAAUAAGGGAUCCUAGCAAGUUGUCUCCUCCAUUUGGGAUGUUAUAUUCUCCAAAGCUUAGUUCUGCUGACGACUCUUUCGGUGAUCUGAACUUCUGCGAUAAUCAGAAUACCAGAAAUCAUGCUAAGGGGCUGAGUUUGCUGAACUGUGCACAAACUACUUCGAGGUGCAGCAUUACAUCUUGAGGUGGGUUAAGGAAGGUGAUUCCAGUUGGACGGGUACCUUCCAUGUCCAGGCGCCUGUGUAAGCAACAAGCUUGGGGACACUGACAUCGCCAAAUGACAUGGAAUCAUUGGAACUCCCUGCUGUGCCAUAAUGAACAAUGCCAGACACGCUGAAGACAUCGAUGAGGGUCUGUACAGUGACUGCUGCAUUCAACUGGAAAACCAAAGAGGUAAUAAUGGAUAAGCAUGAAGGUAAAGAUACACAGAAUGUAAAUGCGAGCCGGAUUUAAUUUGAGUACCCUGCGUUGUCCUGUCAAUGCAUAUAUAACAUUCACACCUCGAAUGCUGCCGAUGUGAAACCGUCGUCCUGAAACAUCCUAGUACGUCAGGUUAUAUGAAUUCUUGAAAGACCAAUAGGAUAUAAAUACACCCUCAAUGAGUAAGUGGAACACUGCCUUAUGAUUUGGAAGUGAACAGUAUCUAAGCAAGUGACCUAAUAAGCUGACAAGUAGUAUGCUAUUUUUCUGGAUAUAUGCAGGGACCUGUAACAGCAAUUUAUAUAUUUUUCUGUCUCGGAGGGCAAGUAAUCUGCUCUUUUUCUGCUGAUUUAUCUCUUGAGGUGACAUAUUAAGCUGACACAGUUGUUGAUUA